AUGGACGGCAGCGAUGAUUUCGGAGACUUUGAUGAUGAAGAGCUAAUCGAGGCUGCCACUCAAGCAGAGGCUCCUGAUAACUCGCCUUCGAGGGAGAAAACUCCCAAGCCGCCGAAGCACAAGAUACACGUGCCGGCGAAUGCAGUGGCGGUACAAGAUGUCUACUACACUCAAGCGCCGCCUUCAGCCUCGAUGCCAUGGCAGAUUAGAGGACCCAUCUGGCAGAAGGCGCCAGCGUCCAGCAAAACUGGAGUUGGACGAUCGCCACUCCAAGUUCGGAGAAAAUCUUUAAACGACGAUAUCGUCUCGGAUGAAGAAGAGGCAUUCGAUCCUCCUAAACUACCACCUGCUUCCAAGACUCCCACGAAACCUCAGCAGUACGCUGUGCAAGACGAUGUGGUCUCGGACGAAGAAGAUGCUUUCGACCCUCCCAUGCUCCCUCCGAAACCAGCGAGGCAGCAGUCAGUACUCCACCCCAAGGGAAUGCAGCCCGUGUACGGUACUUCGCAAGUAAACAUUGCAGCUCUGGAUGCCACGGAAGAGCUUGCAGAUCUCCCCUCGGAUGUAUUUUCUUCUUCAGCUGCUUCCCCUGAGAAACAGCCAGACGAGGCUAUCCCUACUACGACCCAGGUUCGGCGUCAGACUCUGGUUGCUCCGCAGAAUGGGCUACGCCAAACCACGCUCUUCGGCAGAGACACCGCUCAAGGUCUCCCCGCAUCGCAGGUUAACAAGCGCCAUAACUGGCCUUUAGCCAACAAGGCUGAACCGCCAACCCACCAUAAGCUGAACGAUGCAGCUACAAGGACAUGGGUGUACCCCACCAAUCUCGGCACGAUUCGUGACUACCAGUUCAACAUUGUCGCAAGAGGACUCUAUCACAACCUUCUCGUCGCCCUGCCUACUGGGCUUGGGAAGACAUUCAUCGCUGCGACGAUCAUGCUCAACUGGUUUCGCUGGACUAAAGACUCCCAAAUCGUAUUCAUGGCUCCAACGAAACCGCUGGUGUCCCAGCAAGUCGGCGCUUGUUUUGGGAUUGCUGGUAUACCGAGAUCAGAAACUACAAUGCUCACGGGUGGCAUUGCGACCGGCUUGCGAGCGGAAGAGUGGCUUAGCAAACGGGUAUUCUUCAUGACGCCCCAGACUCUGUUGAAUGAUCUGAAGACCGGGAUCUGCGACCCAAAGAGAAUUGUGCUCCUAGUGGUAGAUGAAGCCCAUAGGGCCACUGGAGCUUACUCCUAUGUCGAAGUAGUCAAGUUCAUCAGGCGUUUCAACGAGAGUUUUCGGGUCCUUGCGCUCACUGCCACGCCCGGAUCCGAUGUGAAGUCUGUGCAGAAAGUCAUCGACGGACUGGAUAUUUCCCGUGUUGAGAUUAGGACGGAACAUUCCAUUGACAUCCGUCAAUAUGUGCACUCCAGACAAACGGAGACGUUCGUCUUUGACCCUUCGGAAGAGAUGACCAUGUUGAUGGAUCUCUACUCAAAAGCCGUUGAGCCACUGUUGGGGCAACUUUCCAGAAUGAAUGCGACUUGGAGCAGAGAUCCACUGUCGCUGACGCCGUACGGGCUGACGAUUGCCAGACAACAGUGGAUGAAUUCCGAUGCGGGAAGAAAUGCGAACUGGGGGAUCAAAGGCAUGGUCAUAUCAGUAUUCUCACUACUGGCGAGUCUCGCCCACUGCAUGGAACUACUCAAAAAUCACGGUAUUAGUCCGUUCUACCAUAGUCUCCUCAACUUUAGGAAGACUCUGGACAUGAACGAAAAAGGAAAGCCAUCAAAAUGGAAGAGGCAGAUCAGCGAAGAUCCGAAUUUCGAGAAGAUGAUGGGAACGCUUCGAUCAUGGACACACGAUCCAGACUUCAUCGGCCAUCCAAAGCUCGAGUUUCUCCGUAGUGCGCUGCUGAAUCACCUAAUGGACGCCGGCGAAGGCAAGAGUACUGAUAGAGGUCCACCUUCCAGCACUAGGAUCAUGGUGUUUGCUCAUUACAGAGACAGCGCCGAGGAUAUUGUCAGGAUCUUGAAGAGAAACGAACCAAUGAUCCGGCCGCAUGUGUUCGUUGGGCAAGCCGGCACCAAGACCUCCGAAGCCAUGAACCAGAAAAAGCAGUUGGAAGUGGUACAAAAAUUCAAGGAUGGCAUCUACAACACGCUUGUCGCCACAUCCAUUGGCGAAGAAGGGUUGGACAUCGGCGAGGUCGACCUCAUCGUUUGUUACGACUCAAAGGCGUCGCCCAUCCGUAUGUUGCAGCGUAUGGGAAGGACUGGCCGAAAGCGAGCUGGAAAGAUCAUUCUGCUGCAGAUGCGCGGAAAGGAGGAGAGCGACGCGAUGAAAGCAAAAGACAGCUACGAAAAGAUGCAAGCGUUGAUCGCCAGUGGCACCCAGUUUACCUUCCACGAAGAUCUCUCGCGCCGCAUUUUACCGAAAGAGAUUCAGCCUGUGGUUGACAAGCGGAUCGUCGACAUCCCGCCAGAAAAUUCACAGCCGGAUCUGCCAGAACCGACAGCAAGAGGAAGGAAAGCGCCGAAGCGGCCGCCAAAGAAAUUCCACAUGCCCGACGGAGUGCGCACAGGCUUCGUUUCAGCGUCUCGACUUGAUGCUGACGAGGGAGAUGAAGAGGACGAGCUUGCGGCUGCGCAACCGAAGAAGAGGCGAAAGCGAGCGUCAGCCGUAAAGGAGCCACCAGAGGAAACCGUUCAAAAUCCAUUCUUGAGUGACGUGAUACUCAACAAGGUGCAAGAGAAGGAAUUGGAACGCAAGUAUCAGAGCGUCUUCGACGGAGAGGAAAUGCAAACAGUAGCCGCUCCUCGUUUGGAUGCGCAUCCUGCACGGCAGCGUAAGCUCGGUCGGACCAAAUACAUCUCCCACGGAAGACGAGCGGUCGAAACAGUCGACAUGCUGAACCGGAUACACCGCGUAGAUGACGCCUACCUCAACAUACUUAAGCAAAACCUUCACAUGUCAGACAUUGAAAGCGAGCUGCCUGGUGUAGUGGUCGAUGACGAGGAAGAUGAGGAAUCAGCGCCAUAUGCCGACGCUACACCACUCCGCAAACCGAAUAGAUGCCCCAAAGCAACCUCCCACUACCGCGACGUCGAUGUCGCAGCCGAAGGUCAAAGCAGCAGUCCGCCGCCGACAGACCCUCGCUACGCCAUCCGCUCGCAGGCUAUCACGCUCGGCUCGGAAGACACAUCCGGCGAGGACGACGAAGAGAUGCUCGAUCCUGAGUCUGAGCUUGCGGACUUCAUCGUCGAUGAUGCUGAGCCGAUCCCGUUGCACACUUCGCAAAGCUUUCCGGACGAUGAACCGCCUGAGUCGUCGUUACCGGCUGUAUCCCUUCAGCCGAGCACGGUACGAGGACUGCACGUAAUUCGGGAAGAUGAAGAGAGCGAUGAGGAUGAAGCAGACCUACCCACUCUCAGCACAUUGGUUGGCAGCAAGCGGACACAGCCGAAGCCGCCAGAAGUGGCACCGGCGCCGGCUGUGCGGCGAGGCAGGAAGCGGAGGGUGAUCGAAGACGAUGACGACGAAGACGAAUAG